AUGGCUAGUGUUGACGAAAUCUUCAAGAGCUCCGGCAUCUCAGGCAAGCGUAAGCUUGAUCCUAUUCGAGAUCCAAAUGAAAUUUACAAAUCAGCAAAAAUGAGCAGCAGCAGCUCAAAUCGACACGCUCAAGUCGACGAUGCGCAAGACGAAGAUGAAGAUAUGGAAGCCGGCCCAGCACCUCCCCCUGAGGAAGAAGAUUUCGGUCCCGAACUACCUCCCGAUGACGACGAAGGCCGGUUCUUUGGAGGCGGCAUCACAAAACAAGAAUCAGAGAUCCUCGACUAUGUAGACGAGGCCGACGCCGGGAAUGCGCCCGAAAAGAUCGAUGCAGCAUGGUUGCGAAAAACAGCUCUCAAUUUCGAAAAGCGCAUCAGCAAGAACGCUGAGCUUCGUGCCAAAUUCGAAGACGAGCCACAAAAGUUUAUUGGUAGCGAAGCUGAUCUUGAUGCCGAUGUCAAGGGAUUGUCUCUCCUUUCCGAACACCCUGAGCUAUACCCAGAAUUUGUAAAGACGGGAUGUGUCGCCAGUCUAGUCAGUCUGUUGGCGCACGAGAACACCGACAUCGCCAUCGAUGCCAUCGAGAUUAUGGGCGAGUUGACCGAUGAGGACGUCUCUGCAGAGGAUGAACAGUGGAACGGCUUGGUAGAUGCCAUGAUGGACGCAGAUCUUCUUGGACUGUUAGUCUCCAACUUCUCGCGUCUAGACGAAGACGAUGAAUCAGAUCGCAGUGGUAUCUACCAUGCUUUGGGCGUGAUUGAGAACUUGUGUUCUCGACAAUCCGUUGCUGAGCGUGUUGGUGAAGAUGAGAAGCUCCUACAAUGGCUUCUGCAACGCAUUCAACGAAAGGAAGAUGUCGUAUCACAAAACAAGCAAUACGCUGCCGAAAUUUUGGCCAUUCUCUCCCAAAUGGCCGUCGCCAAUCGAACUCAACUAAUACGACUCGACGCUGUGGAUCUCCUUCUUCAACUUGCCGCCCCUUACCGAAGACGCGAUCCGGAUAAGGGCGGUGAAGAAGAGGAGUAUAUGGAAAACAUAUUUGCUUCUUUAACUUGCUUAGCGGACGAGGCUGCUGGGAAGUCAAAGUUCAUCGAUGCUGAGGGUGUAGAACUGUGCCUUAUCAUGCUUAAGGAGGGAAAGAAGAGCAAACCUCCCUCUUUACGUCUCCUCAACCACGCAGCAGGCGGCAAUUCUGGUGUGGAAGUCUGUCAGAAGAUCGUCGAGGCUGGCGGUCUUAAAACACUCUUCACUCUCUUCAUGAAGACCCAAGAUCACAGACUAGCUGAACAUCUGGUGGAAAUAUUCGCCUCCAUGUUGCGCCUCUUGCCCGCCAACUCGGCAGAAAGAAUACGGACACUAGCAAAAUUUGUGGAAAAGGACUACGCGAAGAUAACGAAACUCAUCAAGUUCCGACGGGACUACGUUGCUCGGCUUUCGUUGGCAGAGCAGAAAAACGACGCUGAGAAGGCCACUACUUCAGCAGACGACCGAGAAACUGCCGAGUUGGAAUGGCUAUCUCGAAGAAUCGAUGCUGGCCUUUGUACACUGCAGACUAUCGACGCGGUUCUGGCUUGGUUGGUAGCAGAAGAUACAGGCGCAUCACGAAAGGUCAGACAGGUACUCGCUGAGCGGGACGAAAAGGUAUCACUAAUCGGGCGUACAUUAAAGGAGCAGCUGGAGGGUCUAGAUACCACAGAGGAGAACCAGGAUCUGAGGGACAUGUUGAGCACUCUAGUCGAGUUUGUUCAGUAA